AUGGGCGACGAAGAAGGAAUAGAUAGCAGUGCCAGAAAGUCUAAGGAUGACUAUGGGUGGGCUCGAUGUGCUGAGUUAGUCAACAAACAUGACAAGGCGAAGAUCGACUACUGGAAUGAUGAAAUAAAUGCACUCCUUGUCUUCGUAUGUCAUAUAACCUCCGUUACAUGGCAGCAUGCUAACGCGAAUAUGAUGGAUGAGGCUGGAUUGUUCUCGGCAGUUGUUACCGCCUUCGUUGUCCCUUACUAUCUUCUCCUUUCUCCCGACGUCGCAUCGCAAAUCAUGGCCAAUAUCUCUGCCCAGAUACGUAGCUUUGUUAUCAACUCCAACUUCAUAAAUUCGACAUAUCCCGCGUAUCCGAACUCGCCAAUUGCAACGCUAUCCGGUCCUACAUCUCCCUCGACGAUAGGGAUCAACAUUCUGUGGUUCUCCGCACUCAUCACAAGCCUCACUUCUGCAUCAAUCGCAAUUUCGGUCAAGCAGUGGCUGAAUCAGCACACCCUACAGCUCACCAGCGUGCCUCGCGUACAAGUUCUCACUUGGUACUUACGACAUCGGUCAUUUGCGAAGUGGGAUGUCCCUUUCAUCAUCAAUCUCGUUCCGCUACUUCUUCAAUUGUCUCUGCUUCUCUUUUACGUCGGGAUAAUUGUCCUAUUAUGGUCGUUGAACCUGAUUGUCGCCAUCGUUGUGGUGUCGUUGACUGGGCUUUCAUUGUUGUUCCUCAUUGUCACCGCUGUUCUUCCGGCCAUCUUCGUCAAUCACUGCCCUUACAAGUCUCCGCAAGCAUUGUUCACUCUCACGCUCGUCCGAACCAUUUUACGGAUGCCCUACUUCUGCUGGUUUGUAGCCCGCAUUAUAUUGGACCCGGUUGGCCAGAUCGUUGCAAUCCUGCUGUCCGAUAGCCCGUUGGAUACUUUGAUCGCGCUGGCUAGACAGUGGUUGAGCUGGGGUAUCCAGGGUUUCCAAUAUUAUGCGAGGACGGCUGGUUUCCGCUUGUUGCAAGUGCCAGACAGUAUGCUCCGCAUCACGGACCAUAUCUUGGAGGAUGGAAGCCAGCCCUUACACCACCGUCUGCACAUCGACUGGAGCGAAUAUCAGUUGGAAUAUAUUCUUGACUCUCCAGAGGCGCUCGCUAUUACUGAUCAAAUGCUAUUAACGAAGGCGUGCGCAGUUCUAAUGGACGACACAUUCCCCAACACCGUUAUGGAACCUUACAUAGAAGCCACGCCACUGCUUAAGUCAGCAUGCGAUGCAUUCGCUUCCCUCAUGGCAUAUCUGACUGAUCGUCCAUCCACCAACGCGAAUCAGAGGAUGGACAGUCAAUCUCUUGCAACUGUGCAACGACUUGCACAAUGCAUACUCGGACGCGCAUCUCGCGACGGUCCUGAUGCGGGCGCAGAUCGAUUCCCGGAUACUCUGCUCAAGGGCGUCGAACUCCUUCUGUUUGGGGAGAAUAUUGAUAAGUCACCAAUGGUAUUCGAUGCACUAACUCGGUUAGUCGACAAGAGCUGGGAAAAGUUCAAUGAUUCCGAUCGUCGUGAUGUGAUUUUGUUAGCGAUGGACAGGCUUAAAUUCUAUCCUCAAUUUCACGAUAUCGAUCGCGAGUAUCACUUUCCUCCUCCACAUGGCUGCUGUUUUCCCGCGGAAAUACGGAUCGCCAUGGAAGUUCUCCUGUUAAUUUGUCCUGUACUAUCGUUUCCAGAUUCGGCCCCUUCGACAAUAUCUGCUGAUGAAGCGUUACAUGUACUCGAUUGUUUGGGAGCAGAUUUGGACCGUCAACUGGCCAACGGAACUUCAGGGAAUGUCCAUCUCGUGGAAAAGCAAACCGAGUCUUCUCCACAUUCGAAGAUGAUGAUGCUUUCAGCCAAAUCCUUCGAAGUAGUCGAAAGCGAGGUCGACAAAUAUCUUCGUGACAUGGAGAGCAAAGCCAAAGACGAACAAGAGAAAUAUGAAGGCUGGUCCAAGGCAUGGGAGAAGGACCUCCAGGAGACAAGGUAUGCUCGUACGACGCAGAUCGUCAUGUCGUCGUGUCCUGACGACCGAGUGCUCGAAAGGGUCAAAUAUCUAGAUAGGCUAUCUAGAAGACAACAGUCUCAGCGCGACCAGUCGGAGCAUCAAGCUUUGGAAAUGCGCGUAGGAUUCUCGGUUUGGAGGCAAAUCAUUAGUUCGAUCGAAGAGGACCCUACGUCUGUUGGGUAUGGGGAGAUCAGUGAUAACGUAUCGCUCAUUUUCCUUAAUCCUUGGGAUUUGUCUAGACUACUAGUGCUGCUGUUUGUGUAG